AUGAAACCAGAAACUUUAGUCAAGAAAAUAAUAGAAGCUAUAGAAACAGCUUCACCAACUAAAGGUGGAUUUAUAUUUUCCCUUCCUUUAAUAUUUAGUGGACUUAUUGCAGCCGGUACAAUAGCUGGUGCUACAGCUGGUGGAGUAAGCGUUGCCAACGAAAAGAUAGCAGCUGCAGUAACAGCAGCCGAAGAACAUAGACAUAAUUUAAAAAUGGAAAAGUUGGCAGCAGAGGUUAAAAAACCUAAAACGGAAAAGAAAGGUUCAGGAGUGGGAGAAAUGAUAGGCACAAUGAAAGAAUUUGGAAAAAGAUUUAGUGAAGAAACCAAGAUAACUGUUAAACAAGGAUUAAAUAAAUUAGUAGAUAGUAUUGACACAGGAGAAAUCAAAGUCAAACAUAAGGGUAAUGGAAUAUUUUUAAAAAAUAUACACACCGGAGAAGGAAUAUAUCUUUCGAAGUAUAAAGGAGAAGGAGUUAUUUUUGGAACAAAUUAA